AUGUCGUCAGCUUCUUCUCCAUGCUCAAAACCCCCCGCCAACGGCUUCGUUGCCCUGGCGCGCAAGGUCUAUAACCCCAUCGGGUUCAAGAAGGGGUACAACUUCACCCUCUUUGUCAUCACCGCGGGGGGUAUGAUGGGAUUUACCCUCGCCCGCAUGAUGUACUUCAACUUCAACGGCGUCUUCUGCAACCCGGAACACGACUCGAGGGCGCUCCCGGGAGAGUGCUACUAUUUCCAGAAAGGCACGGCACGAAUCGGAAUCAUCAUGCACCUCGCGGGUGUUAUACCGGCAGGCUUUCUUGCCUGUCUACAGUUCGUCCCAAUUAUACGUCGCAAGGCCAUCCUGUUCCACCGCCUGAAUGGGUAUCUCAUCGUUCUCUUAAGUAUCGUGGGAAUCAUUGGCGUCUUUCUCAUUGCACGGCGGACGUUUGGCGGGGGCGUGAGCAUGCAGACGGUUUCUGGCACCGCCAGCCUCAUGUUCCUCGGAGCCCUUGCCCUUGCCAUCUACAACAUCAAGAAACUCCAGAUCGAGCAGCACCGGGCAUGGAUGCUCAGAGCCUGGGUAUACGCCGGCUUCAUCAUCACUAUGCGCAUCAUCGGCUACCUCGCUGCCAUGAUCACAGCCGAGUCGAACUACUAUCAAGUAAAACAGUGCGCCAUGGUGGAUUUCAUCUUCCGUCACGACCAGAACAAGGUCCUCGACUAUUAUCCUGGCUGCAAUGGGUACUACUCGGGGGAAAAUCCCGGCCUCAGCGUCCUUGUCCAUGCGAGCAUCACCGCUCACCAGCCUGCCGAGAUUUCAGCCGGGUUCACAGCCGUAUUUGAUUCGGGAUCAUGGCUAGCCUUGGCGAUCCACGCUGUACUUGUUGAACUUUACAGGCUGAACGCCUCCGUCGCAUCUCUUAUCAGCGUCAGCUCGAAUCCGGGAUGA